AUGGCCGCGCGGAAUGCCUCAGCUUUCCAGUUCACGAGCCCCUCAAUCGACUACGAAUUCUGGAAGGACUUCUCCGAGGCGGAUGGCACGUGGCUGUACGCGCCGCUGACUUCCUUGGGCCUAGAUCACGAGUUCUGGAAGGAUUUCUCCGAGGAGGACUGCACCUGGCUGUCUGGCCCAUUGGGAUUCUCGAUGGGUGAAGACUCGUCCAUUGAGCACGCGUUCUGGGAAGACUACAGCGUCGAGGAGCAGACUUGGCUUUACGUCCCUGGGCCCGUGAGUCAGCCGCGCAGCAACACGCCCACGCCCACGCACGUCAUGGGUGCACGCGCUGCUGCCACCACCGCUACUGCGCCGAUCGCUGCUGUCACCAGCGCCGUUGUGAAGAGUGCUGCUGCCAGCAGCGCUGCUGUUAACAUAGCUUCCGUGAAGAGCGUUCCUGUUAAGGCCGCAAUUUCAGCACCCAAGGGAACGCGUGCAUCUGCAGCUGCACCAGACAAGGCUGCUGCUGCGAGAAGCGUUGCUGCCAAGCCUGCAGCUGCAGCAGCCAAAGGAGCGCCAGCCAAGGCCACUCGUGUGACGCCUGCAGCUGCUAAGAGUGUUGCUGUUAAGAGCAGCCCAGUGGGGUCGGUGCCAACAAAAGCAGCAGGAGAGAAGGCGAGGGAGCAGGGCAAUGGGAGGGCAGCACACACAGCGGUGCGUGCAGCAGCAGGGAAGGCUUCGUUGGGAGGGGUGGAGGCAGCAGGAGGGCGAGCAGCAGGUGUGGGGUCGGGUUCAGGGCGUGGUGGCGGUGGUGCGACUCUAAUCCCUAAGCCUGGGCAGAGCAGGGCAGCGCACACGGCUGCAGCGGCUAAGGCAGUGCAGGCUGCGCCUCACAGCACUCGUAAACCGGCUGCUCCAGCAGCAGCAGUGGCCUCCACUCGCAUUCCCAAGCCACGCACAGCAGCAGCCAGUGGCAUUCCUAAGCCACGCAGCGCAGCACCCAAGGGAAGCAGUGAACGGUGA